ACACGGUGCCAAUUGCAAGAGAAAUGAAAAACCCUUACAUACCUCACUUCAGUCUCCUCUGUCCUCUCCUCUCGAGCUCUCAGCCUCUCACCUCCUCUCGAGCUCUCAGUCUCUCACUCUCGCAGUUCAGACUCGCAGGCCGCAGCUUCUCUCAGUCACAGGAGUUCUAAGAACUCGCACACUCACAAUUAGUCGGUCACUACGGACGUCGGAGGCGAGACAAAGACGAGGAACAGAACUUGUUCAAAUCGUUUAAGAGGGACAGAUGCAGUGGACUUCACUGGCGUAACCUUACUGUUUUGGGUGUUAGAGUGGGAAAAUGUUUAAGUGUGUCUGCAGCAAUGUGUCUACUAAAGGGACUUUUCUGUCCGACGGAAAGAAAUUUAGUCCACUUAUAUAUGCUUUGAUGCGAGGAUUCCACAAUGGCCAGGUCCAUUUAUCACCAAGAAGCUUCUUUGGAGUGGAGGAUUUUGUUGAUGAUGACAACAGCCGUCCUUACACUUACCAGAAGGAGAAGAAAUCCAAAAAUCCACAUAAACACAUAUCAUUCAAACAACGCACUGUAGCAUUCAUGGAACCAUUCACACUUGAUGUCUUCAUCUCUAAGCGGUUUGUUUCAGCCUCACUCACUCAUAGGGUGACUAGUAAGCAGGUGGCAGUUGCUGGCACCAACUCGAAAGACAUCAAGGCUGUGCUGAAGUCUCGAUCGGAUAUACCUGCAUGUUUGGCCGUUGGCAGGAUAUUAGCUGAGAGAGCAAGAGAAGCUGAUGUCUAUACCGCUACAUAUACUCCAAGAGAACGUGACAAGUUUGAAGGGAAGAUCAGGGCAGUAGUUCAGUCCCUCGUAGAUAAUGGAAUUGAUAUUAAAGUUUAUCUUGAUUAAUUUUUUUUUAAAGGAAAAGCCUUUCGGAAAUUCUGUGCUUUGUUUCUACAGACAAAACUUAGAUCUUUGUGGAUGCUGCACUUCACUUUGGUCCUUAGUUCCCAGGGACUAGCUGCUUAGCAUUUGGCUCGUGUUUAUAAUUCAGAUCAUAUAUUAUUUCCUUC